AUGCCUGAUUUGCACGACGACAUCUGGCGCACCGACCUGGACUUUAUGGUGACCCACAAUGAUCGACUAGUAGUGCUGUCCUUUAUGACAUCAACCUACCCAAACACGACAUCUAAGCCUCUGGCGAACGGUGGCAGUAACAAACCCUUCCCCAAUGGAGAUUUUGAGCGCAACGAUAUGGUGGAAAAGUUCUCUGCCUAUGAGGACGAUGAUGAAGGCGGAGAGCAUGACUCUGACGAAGAAGAUGAUCCAUUCCGUACUCACGAAUCGCUGCAGGAAAUGCCAAAGAGCAACGAACACUCGUCAAUUUCCAUCUCGACCAUGGAGAACUUCAAUGUGUUCGAUAACCCUACGACGGUACACACUUUUCCUCCGGUGCGAAAUUUACUGACAACCACAACAGCUCCCAGUACAACAAGUACAGUCAUCUACACGACUACUCUUCCACCAACGACAACAAGGCAGACAGCUCUAAAAAAGCAUGACCGAAAUAAAAACCAUGGUCACAACCGCAAGCACUCCAACAAAUUUCACAGUGGUAAGAAGGACAAGGUGCAUCCGCAGAACCAUCAUCACCUGGAUGAUGUAGACACCAGACUAGAGCUGCAACCUCAAAAGGAGUUCGACUUUGACGAGUUCGGUGAACACGAAAUUGAUACCUUGUUCGAGGUAAACCAAAGCCGAAAGACUCAACCAAAUGGAAAGAAGACUGCUUCAGCCACUACAGUGGCCACAACCAGUGGAACCGCGUCCACUACUGCAACUAAACCGUCCCCGAAAAGCAGUACGAAGAAGACACCCACCAAGGACAGCAAUACACAUAUCAUAAAGCCGGUGAAAUUGCCGGAGAACAUCAUCCCUUCGACACCGGUGACGACCAAUUCGAAGAUCAUUGAAAUCAAACCCAGCACAACGGGUGCAACUUCUCGGAGUACACCGAAGAAGAUCAAACGGUUUACCUCCGACAACUACAGCAGUGAGAGUUUGGAAAGCUUGGAGAACAUCCCAAGCGUCGAUGAGGACGAGUUCAUCAUCAAGGAUGAAAACGGCAUGGCCAUAAGGCCGGCCUUCCUGAUAGGCACCGUUCCGGGUAAUGUAACUACGAAGCCCAUCGAAUUGACGGGGUUCCCUGGCUUCCUGCAAGUGUUCUUCGGAGUUGAUCAACAGUUUAACGCGAAACGCUGGACGUCGACUCCUAGUUUGGAGUUCGUAAACCUAGCGAUCGCCCUAAUGGCUUGGGCCGUUCGCUACCCAUCCGUAUUCUGGCACACAUCGAAGACGUUCGCAUUCGUGUUCAGCUUGCAGAUGAUCGCCAAUGGGAUAGACAUUCUGUUGAGUUUCGCUGGAGCGAGUGUGCUGUAUAAGCUGCAAACACUCGGGCAGGGUCUACCCGUGCAAGCCCCGCCAUUGAUCCUGAACGGCACGGUCACUAUAGCUCUGACGAUCUUGGCAGUUAUUCUGACGAUUGCCUCGUCGAUGGUGUUGUACUUGUACGGCCAUGGCAAGCUGGCCGUUAAGAUACGUGAUCGGCGACUAAUCACGGUAAAGCAGAGUACAGAUGUUUGGGCUUACUUCGCGCACUGUUCGUCGUUGUGCUUCGUGUUAGCCCUCGCGGUGGUGAAAGCCCCCUUGCUGCACGAUCUCAGUGCGGCCUAUCGGGGAAGCCUGGAUGGGGCGGUGCUGGCCGCAGCUUUUGGAUCAGUCGUACAUCUGUUCCUGUGGAUAGUUCUAUGGCUAGGGUUAACGGCCAAACGACGGUGGAACUUCAAACUGCCACCACUGGAGCUGUCUGGGGCACGUAACGGAGCUACGCAACCGCUGCUUCGAGGAGGAGCUGGAGGAUCGCUGUUACGGACAUCCAGCGGCAAGGGAUCCUCGGUUGGCGGCACCGGAGCAACCAGCAGCGAAGAGGAAACCAUCUACUGGCCCAAGAUUGCGCCGAAUUCGCCCAAGUUGAAAGUAACCUUCAACGAAGUUACCAGUACGUCUCCCGAACUCGCCAAUGGCGACCAUGACGGCAAGCGCCAUCCGUCCAGCGGAACCACGAUACGUUUGUCCAGUGUUACGGGGGAAACUGAUGACGGCGACUACGCCACACUAAGAGGGCCCUCCGGUGAUCUACUGCAUUUGAGUGAGUUCGCAGACCAUCCACCACCUCCUGAAGAUCUGCUUAUGCCCACCAAUGCAGUCAACGAUCACGCAGAUGACACAUCUGAGGAGGGCAAACUGCUUGCCUGUGUUCGUGAUGAUAGUGUAACGUACGCAUCUACCCGAGACUUGGAGCCACCCAUAACCCGUACUAUGUCUCGCGAAGCCUUCAUACGAUCACCGGAACAGUUGAGUAGUCCUCUGGCACCGGUUUCCGUCACCGUACAUAACCAUGAAAAUGUGGCUCCUGGUUCAACGCCACGCUGUUUGCGCCGUGCUGACUCCGGCAUGCCCAACGAAGCAUUAACACCCCGAUCCGACACUACGUCGACCGAGAGUUCGACAUCGCCCCCGGACUGUAGAGAUGCUCCUUCCGAAACCUCCAGUGGUGUGCACUCCGGUGAAGAACGCGAUGAGGUGGUCAUCCGACCUCGAUCCGGUCCCUACAAGUCCAUCAUCAAGCCGCCUCCUCCGGCGAUCCAGGAGGAACCGUUCGGUAGGUCAACGAACAUGAAAAUGUCCAGCUUCAACAAGGACGGAUCGAGUGCCACUCUUCCCCUCACGCGAGGCUCCGUGGAGACGCAUCGAGAGUAUCCACAGUGUAGCACCAUGCCUCUGCCAGCAGGUUACCACCAACAACCGCAUCAUUACCACUCGCAGUCUUCGUUUACUUCGCCAAGUUCUUCCUCACGGCAACAGCUGCAGCAUACGACGCUACCCAACGGCGUCCGCUAUCAGUCCAAUCAGUUCCUCAAACGGAUGCCGUACAUCAAAACGGCUGAAUCUCCCUACGGGCAUCUGGGUCUGGGCAGCGGUCACCAUACCUUCUCCAAACUUCUCCACGAUCCCCUAGGAGUGCCGAACACGUCUCCGCCUACGCAUUCCCAAUCCAGCCACAGCACCUUUGCCACAGUGGUGGCCACCAUCCCCGAGGACCGGGACUCGGCCAACUACUCGAUGAUCUCCGACCAGGACCGGGAAAUGUACAUAAACGCCGGACAAAUACAGAUGCAGAACUAGGUCAGCGCUAGCGAUGGCGAUAGAUAAGAUAAAAGAAUACUUCAUAGCACGGUAAGCCAGUCAUUGUAAUUACGAACCAUACAUCAUGCGUUCUGAGCAAGUAAGUGUAGAAAAAAAAUACCAUUCAAUGCGCCUUCUUUCGAAUUCUAAUUUAGUUUCUAACGAUGAUGGAGGUCUGUCUAGUUUUAAACAUCGUGGAGGGUGGGGAAAAGUCGCACAAUUACUUUAAGGAUACCCGAGGCGUCACGUCAUCAGAUAUUUAGUUCAAUUCUUUGGGUUUGUACAUUAGAUCCGAGCUUUAUUGGUCAGCGAUGAUCUCGAUUGUAAAUACUAUUUUAGUUUGCGAGAUAUCCACAGUAUUAUCGUAGCUACAUAAUGUCGCGCUUGCAGAAAGAGUCAAUAGAAGAGAAGUGGCGUAUUCAGUGUUGAAUACUCGAAAGGUGGAUCAAAAUAUAUGUAUCAUACAAAUACGCGAACUUUGCAAUAUUAACACACACAUACAUAUUCAAACGCAUUCAGCAGGAGGAAAGUAAUGUCGAUAUUAUGCAGCUUUAACUAGGCUUUCACACACACUGGAGAAAUGAACAUGUUUUUAGAAUGGUGCAACUAGUAGGGUUGAAGUAGGUAUAUUGUUUCUGCAGAAAUUUCCAAACUAAUUGACAAGGUAAACUCUUAAAAAAUGCCGAGAAAUUCUUAAAGAAUAUAAAAAAAAAAACCUGUUAAAUUUUCUGAGGAAAUUCCUGGAAAAAAUGCCAGACCAACUUCUGAAGUAGUUGUUGGAGGAAUUCCUGAGACAAUUACCGCAGAAAUGUCUUAAGAAACUGCCGAAGUAAUUCCUGAAAGCAUUCACAGAACAAUUUCUAUAAAAUGAUCGGAGGAAUUCCUUAACCUUCCGGCAAUCGCGCGGUUGGCCACCCCCACCAGCACCACGCUAAUGCUGAGCACAUAAAGCGAGAUUUUUUCAACGUGAUGUACAAAAUACAACAGCGCGAUCGCUGGAGGAUUAAGGAAAUCGAAAUUUCCGAAUAAGUUGCCUGAGAAAUUCCUCAAGGAAAUUCCGACUGAUUCCUUAAGGGAUAUCCGAAAGAAUACCCCCAAAAAUUGCAGAAGGAAUUUCUACCUAAGAAAAUCCCUGGAACAACUCCUAAAGAAAUUUCCAAAGCGAAUCCGGAAGAAAUUGCCGAACAAAACUUUAAAGAAAUUCUAAACGAUUCGUUGAUGCAAUAAAUGUAAGAUACUUUUAGGAAUCCAUCAAGCAAUAUGUAGAAAAAAUCUUAGAAGAAUUUACGGAGGAAUUUUUGAAGAAACCGUAGGAGAAAUUCCUUUAAAAAUUGCCGGCGAUAAUUCAUAGUAAAAGUGUCAAAUACCUAAAUUUCUAAGGGGAGUUCGUAAAGAAAUUGUAUGAAGAAUUCCUGAAAAAAUUGACUGAGAAACUCUUGAAGAAAUCACCAGAAGCAUUUCUAACGAAAUUACUUGAGAAAAUUUCAAAAAAUUAAAAAUUUUCGAAGAAACUGUCUAAGUUUCCGAAGGAAAUUGUAGAAGAAUUCCAAAUAAAAUAGCAAUUUCCAAGAAAUUUCUUGAGGAAUUCAUGAAGGACUACCAAAGAAUUUCUAAGAGUGUGACUGUGAAAUUUAUGACAAAAAAAAUCCGGAGAAAUUGCAUAAGUAAUUUCCAAAGAUAUUUCAUAAGAAACUUCUAAAGAAAUUGCCUAGGGAUACUCUUAAACAAUGCCAAGACAUUCCUGAAGUAACUGCUGAAAAAAAUCCUGUUAAAUUCACUGCGUGUAUUCCAAAUAUGAGAAAACUUCUGAAGAAAUUGAUGGAGAAAUUCCUGAGAUAAUUGCCGAAAUAGUUCCUUAAGAAACUGCCGAAGCGUUUUCUAAAGAAAAUUGCAGAACAAUUCCUAAAAAAUGAUCGGAAUCGGAAUCGAAAUUUCCAAAUAAAUUGCCUGACGAAACUUUCGACGGAUUCUUUAGGAAAUUUCCGAAAGAAUACCCUUAAAAUUUUCAUAAAGAAUUUCCAGCUAAAAAACUCUGAAACAAUUUCUAAAUUAAUUUUCGCAGCGAAUUCGGAAGAAAUUUUUGAAAAAAAUGUCUAAAGAAUUUUUGAAAGAUAUGUUGUUGCAAUAAAUGAAAGAUUCUUUUAAGAAUUUAUCCAGCAAUAUGUAGAGGAAUUCCUAAAAGAUUUUACGGAGGAAUUCCUUAUGAAGUUGGCGAACAAGUUCAUAAUUCCUAAAUUUCUAAAGAAAAUGUCGGGAAAGUCGGUAAAAUCUGAAGAGUUACUAAUUUGUUGAGGCUGAGAAACUAAAAAUUGCCAACGUCAUUUCAAAAAAAAAAAACUACUGGAGAAAAUAAAAAAACUAAAGAAUUUCCGAAGAAACCAAGAAACUGUCUCAAUUUCCAUAUGGUACCCUGGAAAAGUUGCGAGAGAAUUCCAAAAAAUUGCAUUUUUUUUUGGAAUUCCUGGAGGAAUUUCAGAGAAUUGAUUGAAGUUUUCCUGAGGAAUUUCUGACAAAAAAUCUGUACAAGCUACUAAAGUUAUUUCCAAAGGAAUUGCUAAAGGCGUUUCCCUCGAAAUUUCCGAAAAAACUUCCAAAGAAAUAACUGCUGAAAAAAAUUCUUUUGAAUUCACAGGAAGAAAAUCCACAAGUUAUUGUUGGAGGAAUUGCUGAGUUUCUUAAAAAAAAUCAUAAAGUAAUUCUGACCGAUUCGUUGAUGCAAUUAAUGUUAGAUUCUUUUAGGAAUUGAUACAGCAACAUGUUAGGGAUCAGUUAAAGAAUUUACGGAGGAGUUACUGCAAAAAUCGUAGGAAAAUCCUAAUUCCUAAAUUUCUAAAGAGGUUGUCGGGGAAGUUCAUGAAGGAAUUACCCGAAGAAUUUUCGCAAGAAUUCCUAAAAAAUAUUGAAUAAAUUACCAGAGGCAUUUUUGAUAAAAUUAUAGAAGGAAAUAAAAAAAAAACUUGAGAAUUUUUUAAGAAACUGCUGAGUUUCCGGAGGAAAUCCUGAAAAAAUGCGGGAGAAUUCCAAAUAAAAUUUUUGUUUGUUUUGAAAUAUUUGUAGGAGUUGUUAAAGGAUUUCAUAAGAAAUUCUAAGAGUUUGCCUGAGGAGUUUCUGGCAAAAACAACAGAGAAGUUACAUAAAUAAUUUUCAGAGGAAUUCCUAAAUGAAUUGGCAGAGAAAUUUCUUAAGAAAUUUCUAGUGAAACUUCUAAAAUAAAUGCCGAGAAAUUCCUUUAAAAAAAAAUUAGAAAAAAAAUCCUGUUCAAUUUGCUGGAGAAAUGCCUAAAAAAAUGCCGGAGAAUUUCAAAUAAAAUUGCAUUUUUUUAGCAACUUUUGGAAGUAUUCACGAUGAAAUAAUUUGAGGGAAUUCCAAAGAAUUUCUAAGAGUUUUCUUGAAGAAUUUUUGACAAAAAAUCCUCAGAAGUUACUGAAGUCGUUUUCAGAGAAAUUCCUAAAUUUCCAGAAUUUCUAAAGAAAUUUUCAAAGAAAAUUAAAAAGUAAUUAUCGCGGGAAACUCUUAAAAAUGCCGAGAAACUUUUAAAGAAAUUGCAAAAAAUAAAUCCUGUUAUAUUUGUUGGAGGAAUCUCUCAAGAAACUGCCGAACUUAUUUCUGAAUAAAUUUCUGAAGACAUUUACCGAACACUUUCUAUAAAAUAAUCGAAGGAAUUCCUUAAUCGACGUUCCCGAAUAAAUUACCUGAUGAAUUCCUGAAGAAAAUUCCAACGAAUUUCUUGGAGGAUUUCCGAAAAAAUACCCAUAAAAAUUGCAGAAGGAAUUACUAAGAAAAUUGCUAAAAACAAUUUUUAAAGAAAUUCUAAAAAAAAUUGAACGCUUCGUUGUAGCAAUAAAUGUAAGAUUUUUUUAGGAAUUUAUUCAGCAUGUAGAAUUUUUUUUCAAAUAAUAUACGGAGGAAUUAAUGCAGAAAUCAUAAAAGAAAUUCCUUUACAGUUUGCCGGACGAAUUUAUAAUAAAAUUGCCGAAUCCCGAAAUUUCUGAAGAAAAUUUCGAAGGAAUGUUUGAAGGAAUUGUCUGAUUUUCUUUAAGAAUUCCUAAACAAAUUGGCUGACAACUCGUGAAGAAAAUACCAAAGGCAUUUCUGAAGACAUUACUGGACAAAACCGAAUAAAUAUAAAAAAAAAUAAUCCGAAAAACCUGUCUGAAUUUAUGGAGAAAACCCUUAAAAAAAUUGCAAGAGAAUUCCAAAUAAAGUUGCAUUUUUUAAGGAAUUUCUUAAAGAAUGCAUUAAAAAUGUUUGGAAGGAUUUAUGAAGGACUUCCAAAGAAUUUCUAAGAGUAUGUCUGAGAAAUUACUGACAAAAAAACCGGAGAUGUUAAUCAAGUGAUUUCAAAAUGAAUUUCUAAAUAAGCUGCAAGAGGAAUUUCUAAAGAAUUUUCCACAGAAACUUCUAAAAAACUUAUGAGGAAAAUUUAAAAAAAAUGCCAAGAAAUUUUGUAAAGAAAUUUAAAAAAUCCAGUCAACUUUACUCGGAGUCGGGCAAACAUCCGAAAUAGUUUUUGGAGGAAUUCAUGAGAAAAUUAUUGAAGACUAUUUUUAAGACACUGCCAAAGCAUUUUUUUAGGACAUUCACAAAACAAUUCCUGAAAAAAAUAUCGAAGGAAUUCCUCAAGAGAAUCGAAAUUCCUGAAAAAGUUGCUCUAAGAAUUCCUUAAGCAAAUUUCGACGGAUUUUUUAGAGGAUUUCCGAAAGAAUAGCUUGAGAUUCCUGGAACAAUUUUCAAAGAAUUUUUCAAACCGAAUCCGGAAGAAAAUGUCGGAAAAAAUCUUUAAGAAAUUCUGACUGAUUCGUUGAUGCAAUAUGUGUAAAAUUCUUUUCAUAAAUCAUCCAGGAAUAUGUAGAGAAAUUCAAAAAAAAUAUGGAGAAGGAGUUUGUUUAGAGUUCCUGGGGAGGUUCAUAAAAUUCUAUGUAUAUUCCCUCAGGAUUCUUUUCAGGAACUCAUCCAGGGAAUGUCUCAGGCAUUUUUUUUCAAAAAUUCAGAAAUUGUACCAGAAAAUUCUCAAAAGAUUCUUCUAGAUGUUGCUCCACGGGGUUUCCCGAAAGAUCCUCAAGUAUUCCUGCAGGGAUUUCAUCAUAAACUAACUUUUUUUAAACCUUUCUUCGGGGAUUUUUAAAGAUUUGUUCUGGAGACUUCAGCCUUCAGGAAUCCCUUCAGAGAUUCUUUCAGGAGCUCCAUCGGAAACCAAUUUGGAAUUUUUUAUCUUGGUGUUUCCUCAGGAAUAUUUCAAAAAAUUCUUCUUGGAAUUACUGUAAAGCAUUAUCCAAUUUUCCAGGCUUCAAAAAUUCCUUUAAAACAUUUUUUAGAAUUAUUUUUUUAUGAUAACUUUAAGAACUCUUCCAGAUUUGAUUUUAAUUUUUUAAUGCUAAAUUUUCCUCCGAAAAUGGCGUUAGGGAUUUUUAUUCACUAAUAACAUUCAGACAUUUUGCAAGAAAUUCUUUGAAGAAUUCUUCCAGAAGUAUUUCCAGGAGUUAUUCCAGGAUUUUCAGAAAUUUAUCGAAAGAUUUAUUCAAUAAUUCCUCCAGUAACAUUGUCUACAAUUUCUGCUCGGAUUUCACAGAUUUUUUUAAAGAUUUGUUUCAGAAACUUCUUCGAGGUUCGAUCUAUAAAUCCCUCAAGGAUGUCCUUUAGAAAUCUCAUCAGAGAUUUUCUCUGAAACUUCUUCUUGAAUUUCUCCAAAAUUUUCUCAUAAUUUUUGUUCUAAGAAUUCCCACAAAGUCAUAGGAGUUCGUUCAGGUGAUCCCCAAGGAUUCCUCCAGGAACUCCUCCAUAGAGGAUUCUCUGCAGGACCCUGGGAGGAUUCUCUGCAGAAUCCUGGGAGGAUUCUCUGCAGAAUCCUGGGAGGAUUCUCUGCAGCAUCCUGGGAGGAUUCUCUGCAGCAUCCUGGGAGGAUUCUCUGCAGAAUCCUGGGAGGAUUCUCUGCAGAACAUCUCAGCAGAAUCCUUGCAGGAUUCUCAGCAGAAUCCUUGCUAGAUUCUUCCUGAAGGAACCCUUGAAUGAAUUUUCGAGGAAAUCGCCAUUUUUUUGAAAUUCUUAAAAUGUUAGAUAAGAAACCUAAAGAAAUUCGAUAGGGGAAUCGACUGCUUUUUGCGCAACUCGGAUAUAAUGGCUACGCAGUCUAAAUUAAUCAAAACGAGUUGUUAUUCAACUCUACAUUUUGACACUUUACAACAGAGAGUUUCAACCGGUGGGGAAUUCCUGUGAAAGUUCUAGAUGGCUUCCGUGGAGGAAUUUCUGAAAGAAUCUCUGGAGGAAUUUUUGAAUAAAUCGUCUAUCUAAUUCCUGUAGCAACCCCUGGAGAUAUUCUUCAGAGUAACCCUGGAGGAUUAUUGUAAAAGAAACCCGGGUAUUUUGUUAAAGGAAUUCUGGAAUAAAUUUCGGGAACUAAGGGAAUGUUCCUUUACGGAAUUCCUGUAAGUAUAUAAAAAUAAAUAUUAAGAAAAAAAAAGUAAAAGAGAGCUCGCGUACCAAAAUGACAAAUUCGUGAACGUAUUUGUAAAGAAAUCUCUGAAAGAAUGUCUGGCGAAUUAUUUAAACUUUUGUAAAGAUUCCUUGAAAAAUCUCAUGAGAAAUUUCCGAAGAAGUCUCUGUAAAACUUCCAAGGAUUUUUUUCUCAAGAAAUUUCUGAAUGUCUUAAAGGGCCCGAGUGAAAAUUCCUAAAGGUAUCCUAGAAAGAACUUCUGGACCUUCGAAAAACAUGGAAGAAUACCUGGAAGGGCUUAUGAAGGAAUCUCUACUUUCCGAAAUCUCUGGAAGAAUAUCUUCUGGAAUCACUGAACAAAAUUGUGAAAGAACUUUGGGAAAAAUUCCUUAAUACAUUCCAUUAAGAAAUGUAUUGGAGACCUGAAAUAAUUUAUGAAACAACCGAUAGAGGAAUUCUUGAAAACAUCCUUAAUAAAUUCCUUAAUAAAUGGAAUUCCUUAAGUUUGUUUGUCUAAAGAAAUCCGUAAGAAAUUGUCGGGGAAUCCCUGAAAGAGUUUCCGGACGAAAUUUUUAAAAAAAUGCCAGAAGAAUGCCCAAAGAAAUAGUCGGAGUAAUUCCUAAUAAAGCUUUCUAAAAAAACGUAAAAAAAACUUAAGAAUUAGCAAAGAUAUUUCUCAAAGAAUUUCUGAAAGAGUUUCCGAAGGAAGUCUUUGGGGAACUAUUGGAGUUAAGUUUGAAAAAAAAUAUUGGAGGAAUUUAUAAAAGAGUUUCCGGUAGAGUACUUGAAAAAAAAACUGUUCUGAGAAAAUUCCGGAGAAAAUCCUGAAAAAAUUGCCGGAGGUUUCUCAAGAAAUUAGAAAUAGAUGUAAAGAAAUAGCUUUAGUUUGGACUUACCAGGAGAGUUCCUAGAGAAGUUUCGACACGAAGAAAACUCUUGAGUGACAGUGAAAUUUCCAUGACAUUCCUAAAAGAAUUGGCAGAGAGAUUCCUAUAAAGUUGACCGGUGGAUUUGCUGAAUAAAUUGCUGAAGGAUUUCUUAAAUGAAUUCCCUAAGCAAUUUGAAGGAUAUUUUUUAAGAAUUCCUAAAGAAUUUCUGAAAUAAUUGUUGAAGGAAACUGUAGGAGUAAAUUAUGAAAAUAUAUUUGCGGAACUUCUAAAAGAAUUUCCGGCAGAGCUCUUGAGAAAAUUACCGAAUAAAAUCCUAAAGAAACUGCUCUUAGAAAAAAUCGGAGAAAGUCCUAACAAAAAUUGCCAGAGGUUUCUCAAAGAAAUGGCUCAAUCGUGAAGGAAUAGCUAUAGUUUAUAGCUAUUAUCAGGAGCAUUCCUAAAGAUGUUGUUGGAAAAAAAAUCUUCAAUUCCGUGAAAUUCCUAAAGGAAUAGGUGGUGGAGACAUUUAUAUAAAAGCGAACGGUGGAUUUGCUCACGACAUCGAUAAAAGAUUUCCUAAAAGAAGUCCCGAAGCAAUCUGUAAGAGAUUUGUUCGGAAGAGCUCUCAAAGGUGUUUCUUGAAAAAUUUCUGAAAGAUUGUCGAAGGAAACUGUUGGAGUUAACCAUUCAGGACGCACGCUGUUGUAAAAAGUGCAACACUACCAAAAAAAACCUCGCUCGUCGUAUACAGCGCGAGCGCGGUACAGUUGCGGUUGCAUGAUAGCGUGCGUCCUGAAAGGUUAAUUAUUUUAAAAAAUAUAUUAGAGGAAUUUAUAAAAGAAUUUCCUGAAGAGUUCUAGAAAAAAAUACCGAAUAAUAUAAAUACUUUUCCAGAAGUUUUAUCAGAAUUUCCUAUAAAAGAGCUCUUACAUGAAUUCCAUUAAAAAUCCUGCAUAUUUCUAUAUGGAUAUGACAUAAGGAAUGCAUUCGAGAAUUUCUCCAGAAAUUUUGUUGGGUUUAACUUCACGUGUUGAAUCAUGCAAUGAUUAAAAUCUCAAAAAAUACCCCAAGAAUUUUAAAAUAAAUUGAAAUUGCACAAAUUUAUUUUCAUAAAACCUGUUUCAAGAUUUUUUCAUAAAUGUCAUACAUUUUAUUUCUUUAGAUUAUAUUAUAAAUGCACCCAAGAAUUUCAAUAAAACUUCUAUCAUUCAAGUGUUAAAUCUAUAAUUGCCUCAGUGUUUCUACAACUUUUAAAAAUCCAAAAUCCAGCUCAAUAGUUGCACCAUUCAACGACUGAAUAAAUGUAUUAGGAAUGAACUGAAAUAAUGAUGAAGUGUUUCGAAGAGCAUCACAGAACUUGAAAAAAGCAUAUCCGUUCAGCAAGCGAAUCAUAUCUAUAUCCAAAGCAUAUAUUAACAAAAAAAGAGAAAGAUAUCAGGAUGCUAAAUUUAGAGAACAGUAUGUACAUCCUCCAUAAAAGGAAACAAAUCUCGUAUUUUCUCUCGUAUAUUUAACGAAUCCACAUCACUAAAACUGAAAACAGAAAACCAAGUGCGAAAAGUAAUAUGAAACCGACCACAGAGAAACACAGUAAAACAGGAAACGUAGAGUAUUUUCCAGCGAACGGAACGCAAUAGCAAAACCAGCAAUUGGAAACUGACCGUGAGGAACCCAAAUUCCCUCGAAGAAUCGAUCUCUAGCAGCAAAAAAGUAUAUCGUAAACCACAGGACAAUACUGACAUGAGACAGAAUUUUUUACACCAUUAGAUCCUAAUGUUAUACAACCGAAGCGGAGCAAAAGCAAGAUCACGACGGCACCAUCUAUUGGUAACGACUCAAACUGAACAUCUAACUCAAAAUGGCCGCCACUUGUGGCGACCAAAUACCAUGCACACUCUCAAUCCGAAUCGUGACUGCGGCUAGCGAAUGGGAAAGAAUCUGAGUUCGUGUGUAGUUAAAAUUUACAUCGUUUCUGACAGAAGUUAUACAACAGCUGAAAUUAUGAUCGUAACGCUAUACAACUGUGGGUCAGAGUGUGUGUAUUCCCCGCAAUGAAAAAGCGGAGCGACGAUUGUAGAAAUAGUUAUUAUCAGUCAGACAAGCUUCAACCUAUAUACACUCUAUAGCACGCUGUCAGCUUUGUUUCCUAUUAUUAGUGGACCGCAUUCGUAGGGGUGAUUGAACCGACGAAAAACGUGUAAAACCAGUUUAAUGUGUAUAAUAGUGAUUGACUACCGCAAACCGUAUGCUGUAAGAUAAACGGAUUAUAAACAGAAAAAAAAGUAUUAUAUUAUUAAAACCAUAGCUGGUAUCAUUCAGCAAUGAACUCAAUCGAUGCUAUUCUAAAUUAUUUAUCGGUUUUAAAAUAAUUGGAAAUAAACGGAUUUUAGUUGAAAACAAACAACCUUUUUGACGCUUCUGUUUUGUUCUGUCCCGAAUUUAGUCCAUCAUCUAGGUAUUAAAAAUGACAUUAAACUCACGUUAUAACUACUACCGAGAGAAAUAUGGCACCUUUCCAAGCUUUAUUCUGGAUUCUGUUAGUUUUUUGUUCUAAUAAGACGAGACAGUACCGCCAAGACUGAAUAGUGUUAAACAAAAGUGUUGAGGAAUCGUGCAACCCAUUUUGUUGAGAGCAGCUUCACCCAAGUAGAUUCUGAAUAAGUCAAUCGAGCUUAGUUCAUUUUUUCCGAAUAUUUCUGUUAAACCACACCGGAAUUUACUACAGAGCUGAAGCAUUAAAAACCGCAGCGCCUCUCAAACCAAAGCUUCGAACAGCUUUUGCGAAAUAUUACAACUGUGAAGAACACUACUAAACCAAAUUACUAAGCAACUAUUUAGAACUACCUAUACACAACGGAAAUCGGAAAUGUAUUACUAUAUGAACUAUAUAAAUACCAGGCUAAAUGUAAAAAAAAUGAACUAUUUAAUAUAAGCUGCACGAGUCAAAUCGACACCGCGGAGAGGUACCCAAUAUAUUCCAUGGUUUUUGCGCUCCCCCAACCGACAGAGAAAACGGUACUUAAACCGAAUAAAAAGAACCACCGCUUUAAUGUA